AUGCACACCUACGGACAGGUUAAGUUUGAGGAAAUCUACAAAGAGUGCAGACUGCGUUACAUAAGGCAGACGUGUCGCUUGAAAAAAAUCAUAUGCUGGACACCCGAGGGAGAUCUUGUGCUGCUAAAUCCCCGAAAAGUCAGACGAGGAUCACCCUACUUGACAGGAGCCGGCAAAGCCGACGAUAAGCAAAACAGCCUCGAGUGCGACUUUGAAAAAUGUGCCUCAGCUCCUCGGAUAGCAGAUCUAAUCUCCUCGUCAACUCUUUCCCGAUUUCAGCAGGCAAUGCAGAAUUCAGUCCAAAAGUGCACAUUCCCGACCAGCUCCAGUUUUCCACAAACUGCUUCCUCUCGCGGCUAUGCGAGAGAGCUCGUUUUGAUGCGCAAACACGCUCUUAUGUCACCAGCCUCUAACAAGACGUUAACAACAGUCGAAAACAUUGCUCCUGUACCAACGCCGAAACUCAACGCUAUGGAAACAACAGGUGCGUGA